UUUUGGUUUUGUGGUGUGACGUCAUUCGCCUGCGCUCCUGCAUCUGUUGUGAUUCGGAUGAAGACAGGUUUGUAUGACGGAACUAUUAUAAAGAUGGAGUUUAUUAAAGAAGAGAGUGAAGACAUGAAGAUUGAAACAUUCAGAAUCAAACAUGAAGAUACUGAGGAACAAACAAAGAUUGAAUUUAAUAAAGAGGAGAGUGAAGAAACAUCCAGACUCAAACAUGAAGAUACUGAGGAACAAACAGAUCUGGUCCCACUGAAAGAGGAGAGACAAGAACCGAAUGAAAUGGAAGAGAAGGAUCAGUGUGUGGAACCUAGUAGUUUUAUAUCUGGAACAAAACCCAUAAAGACUGCAAAGACUUCCUCACGAAAAAGAGUCCAGAAGACCAAAUCUAACAUCUGCCUUCAGUGUGAAAAGAGUUUUAUACAUAAACAAUCUCUUCAGGCCCACAUGCGAAUUCACACUGGAGAAAAGCCUUUCACCUGCCCUCAUUGUGGAAAGAAUUUCAGUCACAAAGGGAACCUUAUGAACCAUAUGAGAAUUCACACUGGAGAGAAACCUUUUGCCUGCCAACAGUGUGGAAAGAGUUUCAGACAAAAAGGGAACCUUAUGAACCAUAUGAGAAUUCACACUGGAGAGAAACCUUUUGCCUGUCAACAGUGUGGAAAGAGCUUCAGACAAAAAUGGAACUAUAUAAAACACAUGAGAAUUCACACUGGAGAAAAGCCAUUCAUAUGUGAUCAGUGUGGAAAGAGUUUCGCACAUAAAGACACUCUGAGUGCUCACAUGAAAAAUCACUCGGGUGAGAACAGCUAUGUAUGUCAUCAGUGUGGAAAGAGUUUGAGUUAUAAAAUAAGCUUCAAGACUCACAUGAGAGUUCACACUGGAGAGAAGCCUUACACAUGCUCCCAGUGUGGAAAGAGUUUCGGAUAUAAACAAUCCCUUGAUGCCCACAUGAGAGUUCACACUGGAGAGAAACCUUACACAUGUCAACAGUGUGGAAAGAGCUUCUCACGAAAAGGAGACCUUAAGCUUCACUUGGUCGUUCACACUCGAGAGAAGGCUUUCACAUGUGAUCAGUGUGGAAAGAGUUUCGGACGUAAAGUAAACCUUAAUAAACACGUGAAGAUGCACUUAUGGAGAGAUUUAGUUUUAGACUUUUAGAUGUUGUCUGUGUAGAAUAAUUUUCACACACAGGAAAAACCUUAUGCAUCAUGUUAGAACCAGAAAGAAGUGUGCCAUCACUAUCUAUAUUUACCAUAAUAAUUAAAUUUGUAAUCUAUAAAACCAUCAUGUA